UAAAAUCAGGUAAGUUGUUUGAUGGAGUAUUCAAGUUUCAUCUUAAAUCAUCUUCAAAUAUGAUGUAUAAAUCAAAAUAUACUUUUGUGAUUGCGGCGAUUUUCAAUAUUUUUACAAGUGUUGUUUGCAAUACAAAUUACUAUGGAACAAAUAUUGAGUCUGGAAAGCAAGAAUUUCGAGACGUGGGAUCCUUUUCAAAGAGUCGUCGAUUACUCAGCGCAGAAGAAAAUCAAUCUACUUCCAAACCAUCCGCUGGAAGGACAUAUCCUCCCUUUUUUCCAGGAAUGGGUGGGAUUACCUUGCCUACUGGCAUGGAAGGUCUUCCUACUGGAGGGAUGCCAAAUAUUCCUAACAUGCCAACUAUUUCCUCAAAUCCGUCAUAUCCAAAUAUUUCUGGAAUGAAUGAUAUGUUCACAAAUAUGGGAGGAAUGCCAACAAUGCCAAGCAUGGAAGGGAUGCCCACUAUGCCCAGUGCUAGUAACAUGUCAAAUAUAAAUGGAAUGCCCACUUUUCCCAGUAUGGGUAAUAUGUCCAACGUAAACGGUAUUCCAACAAUGCCAAACAUGGAAGGAAUGCCAACAAUGCAAAACAUGGAAGGGAUGCCAACAAUACCAAAUAUGGGUGGAAUGCCAACAAUGCCAAACAUGGAAGGGAUGCCCACAAUGCCAAGCGCUGGUAACAUGUCAAAUAUGAAUGGAGUGCCCACUUUUCCAAGUAUGGGUAAUAUGUCUAAUGUAAAUGGUUUCCCGACAAUGCCCAGCGGUGACAAUAAUGGAAUUCCAAGCAUGCCUUCAGUUUCAAGGGGCCGUCGAUUACUUAGUGUCGAAGAAAAUCAAUCUACGUCCAAACCAUCCUCUGGUAUUACAUAUCCUCCCAUUUUUCCAGGAAUGGGUGGAAUUCCAACCAUGUCAAAUGGCAAUGAAGGCCUUCCUACUGGAGGGAUGCCAAACAUUCCUAACAUGCCAACUAUUUCAUCGAAUCCAUCAUAUCCAAAUAUUUCUGGAAUGUUCACAAAUAUGGGAGGAAUGCCAACAAUGCCAAAUAUGGAAGGAGUGCCAACAAUGCCAAACGUGGAAGGUAUGCCAACAAUGCCAAACAUGGAAGGGAUGCCCACUAUGCCCAGUGCUGGUAACAUGUCAAAUAUGAAUGGCAUGCCCACUUUUCCCAGUAUGGGUAAUAUGUCUAACGUAAACGGUAUUCCAACAAUGCAAAACAUGGAAGGAGUGCCAACAAUGAAAAACAUGGAAGGGAUGCCAACAAUACCAAAUAUGGGUGGAAUGCCAACAAUGCCAAACAUGGAAGGGAUGCCCACAAUGCCAAGCGCUGGUAACAUGUCAAAUAUGAAUGGAGUGCCCACUUUUCCAAGUAUGGGUAAUAUGUCUAAUGUAAAUGGUUUCCCAACAAUGCCCAGCGGUGGCAAUAAUGGAAUGCCAAGCAUGCCUUCAGUUUCAAGGAGCCGUCGAUUACUUAGUGUCGAAGAAAAUCAAUCUACGUCCAAACCAUCCGCUGGUAUUACAUAUCCUCCCAUUUUUCCAGGAAUGGGUGGAAUUCCAACCAUGCCAAGUGGCAUGGAAGGCCUUCCUACAGGAGGGAUGCCAAAUAUUCCUAACAUGCCAACUAUUUCAUCGAAUCCAUCAUAUCCUAAUAUUUCUGGAAUGAAUGAUAUGUUCACAAAUAUAGGAGGAAUGCCAACAAUGCCAAAUAUGGAAGGAAUGCCAACAAUGCCAAACAUGGAAGGUAUGCCAACAAUGCCAAACAUGGAAGGGAUGCCCUCCAUGCCCAGCGCUGGUAACAUGUCAAAUAUGAAUGGAGUGCCCACUUUUCCAAGUAUGGGUAACAUGUCUAAUGUAAAUGGUAUCCCAACAAUGCCCAGCGGUGGUAAUAAUGGAAUUCCAAGCAUGCCUUCAGUUUCAAGGGGCCGUCGAAUACUUAGUAUAGAAGAAAAUCAAUCCACGUCCAAGCCAUCCGCAGGUAUUACAUAUCCUCCCAUUUUUCCAGGAAUGGGUGGAGUUCCAACCCUGCCUAGUGGCAUGGAAGGCCUUCCUACAGGAGGGAUGCCAAAUAUUCCUAACAUUCCAACUAUUCCAUCGAAUCCGUCAUAUCCAAACAUUUCUGGAAUGAAUGAUAUGUUCACAAAUAUGGAAGGAAUGCCAACCAUGCCAAACAUGGAAGGUAUGCCUACAGGGCCAAAUAUGGAAGGAAUGCCAACAAUGCCAGAUAUGGGAGGAAUGCCUACAAUGCCAAACAUGGAAGGUAUGCCAACAAGGUCAAAUAUGGAAGGAAUUCCAACAAUGCCGAACAUGGAAGGGAUGCCAACGAUGCCUAACGGUGGUAAUAAAGAACUGCCUAACAUACCAAGCAUGCCUUCAGUGUCAAGGGGCCGUCGAUUGCUUGGUGUAGAGGAAAAUAAGCCCUCGCCUAAACCUUCUACUGGCAUAACAUUUCCAACUAUGUUUCCAGGAUUCGGAGAAUUGUUCACCUUUCCCAGUGAUAUGAACGGUUAUGUAACGGGAGGCGGGAUGUUACAAAAUCCAACUAUGCCAAGUGCAGACGAAUUUCCAACGUGGCCAGCAAUUCCUAGUGUACCAUCAAUUCCUCGAAAGAGAGACUUAAGGCCCCUUAAAAGUUCUUCUAACACAGAGAGAUAUAACCCGACUAUACCUGGCAUACCUGGUUUACCUAAUCAACCUGAUUUUCCAUCAUUUGACAAACCUAAAAACAUUUCGGGAAAUAUGACAGAAUCGGAAAUUCCUGGAGUAUUUAUUCCUGCGCAUGCUUUGUUAAUUAGAUAGCAAAAAAGGUUUUGAAUCAGAGAAAUGUGUAUUUGUCCUAUAUUUAUUAUUUUUGAAAUAAACUUUAAACCUCAUUUUUACUUUAAAAAAUAAUUGUCUGUUAUUUAAUAAUAAGCAAUAAGAAACAAAUAGAAUCUUGUUUAUUUAAUCGAUGAACCGACAAGAAAAUAUUAACUGUCUAGUUCCUCCUCAUUAGAAGAUUACUCAUGUCACAUUAUAGUUUCUUACUUUACAGCUCAUUUAUUUAUAAGAAUAUUUAGGUGAUAUGUAGUGAGGCAAGAAAAUAUAACAACUUUAUAAUUCAUUUUAGUGAGAAGAAUUUACAUCGAUUGUUUUUAAAUUUAUUUUUUCAACAAUUUAUGUCAAAAAAUUUUGAAAUUUUUUUUUCUAAUCCAAAGAUCCAAUUUUGGACUGUCAUGACGCUAACUGUGCCGAUGUAACACAAAAUAAGUCAAUAAAUAGAGUUUAGAUGUUUUAAAAUGAGUGAACAAAUUU